AACGCAACAAGCACGCCACAUGUGACGUAGCAUUAUAAAGUGCUCCAUUUUCCCAAUUUUGAACCUCGUUGACUACCAUUUUGGGUACCUGCCACCCUGCUCUCUGUCCAGCACGCGAUAUUUUUGGUUAAGAUAACACCAGCGUGCCAGAGCUGUGAAGACGCAAUGAGUUCUCCCUCUUCUCAGAAGGUCGUGCUGAAAAGCACCACCAAAGUGUCCCUGAACGAGCGCUUCACUAAUAUGUUGAAGAACAAGCAGCCAGUGCCGGUCAACAUCAGGGCCACCGUGCAGCAGCAGCACAUGGCCAGCGCCCGAAACCGUCGCCUGGCCCAGCAGAUGGAGCACAGGCCAUCUGUGCAGGCCGCCCUGCAGCACAAACAGAGCCUGAAGCAGCGGCUGGGGAAGAGCAAUAUCCAGGCCCGGCUGGGCAGGCCCGUGGGGGCCCUGAGGGGCGGAGCUGUCGGCCGGGGGUUCCCUAUGGGAGGACUGCGAGGGACGACUCGGGGGGGCAUUAGAGGGCGAGGUGGUACCAUGAGAGGAGCAAUGUCUCUCAGAGGCAUGGGGCAGAUGCGUGGACGGGGAGGCCCCACCCUGCUGGCCGUGCGUCGGGGGUUGAGGCAUCGAGGGGGCUUUGUGGGCCGUGGAGGGGCACUGAUUGUCCGAGGGACCCGAGGAGGAUUUGGAGGGAAAGGUGUGCGGGGCCGUGGCAGCUUCGGGGGCUGGGACCGUGGGCGUGGCCAGGGCAGAGGGGUGGGACGUCCCGUGGUCACCCGGGAGCAGCUGGAUAACCAGCUGGACGCCUACAUGUCAAAGACCAAAGGGCACCUAGAUGCAGAGCUGGAUGCAUACAUGGCCCAAACUGACCUGGAAGGCUUGGAGUAGGCUGCUGCCAAUGCCAGCCCUGAGACUCGCUGCACUACACGCACAGUCCAACUGAAUUUGUGUUCAUGGCAAGAUUUACCAAGCCACCUUUGGCACAGUCACCGGUUUACCACACAGGAGCAUGGAACAAAAAUACUCAAACCCCAGCAAAGACCCUCGUACCCUCACUUCAAUCUCCAGUUGACCCCAACUCCGACCAAAGCUUUAACUGACACCGUUGGUGUCUGUUGUAGACUUGUAAUUUACCGUAGGCUUACGCACAAUUGACCAAAUGCAGUUGUACAUUUCAGGGAUAGUUUCUACCUAAAUUUGCUGCAGGUGGGAAGGAGAAAGGGGGAGACCAUGCUCAUAUCAUGUCAGCGAUUCUUACUGGAAUCUGGGACUAGGAUGGAAUGGGUUAACAGGCCAACCGGUACAGAUGUAUGAAGGGUGGCUGUUGCUGUGCAACACUGGUUCAGAUGCUAAGUUGGACCUUCCAUGGUCAUAUGAACUGAAGUUACUUUUUCUCUCAAACGGAUGAGCCUCACUCCCCUCUUCUGCUUCUCCAUACCUAUUCCCCCUCACUACAUGACUUCAGGUUUUUUUAUUAUUUUUUUUUUAUUUUAUUUAUUUUAUUGCCAGUGUCUUAGUAAUGUAUAACUGCUAAUAAUGCGAUGACUGAACUGCAGCUAAACUGAAGUCCGGUAGCAUGCUGAACUCCUGUAUCCUGACCUGUAAAUGUCUUUGAAGAAGUCUCAUGGAUGCUGAAGUAGUUGGUUUUGGUCUUUAAAAUUUAAUGAAUCUGUUUUGUUUGAAGUUUAUGCAACAUAUUCCCUCCUCAGUUAUCAUGCGUCCUCCCCUUCUAGAACGUAUGCUCAUUGGAUCUGAUCGUUUGGUUUAUUGGCAGUGUUUUUUCAGAUCUAAACUUUCCUCUUGUGAGUCCAUGAUUAUGUGGAUCAUUUUUUUCUAACUAAAAUGACCAGAGAAUUCUUAGUUUUGCUGAAUGUGUUCAAGUUCCAUCUUAAGAUGUACAAUUCUGUUCAAUACUUCAAUACUUUUCAGCACAGCUGUUUAAAUAUUUUGGAGAUUCUUUUGCUGUUGAAAAGAGGCCUCAAACUAUGUUUUCCAUCUCUUAAAUGCAUUUAUUUUUCUUUGGGUACAAGGGGAUUGUAAAUCUAAAAAAUAAGGUUCACUUGUUGGUAGUUAUUGAAUAAAUAAUUAGAAUGAGCAUUUUUGUUGAAAACAAUAGUUCUGUAUUAAAUGUUUUCUUUUUUAUUCAUAUUUGAUAUGAUCCUGUUCAGUAUUUUAAUAAAGACCAAAUGCUUUAA